AUGGGGGACAAUGCCAGGCAGGGGAACACGCCGGUGUUUCGGAAUUUGUUUGGCCGCAACCUCCCACCAAUCAGCAAUGGAUUGAGCAGCCCCCAGGUUGCAAAGUCAGCUCUUUGGAAGCAUGAUACUGAGAUUAUGUGGGCAGUGCUGGGUGCGGUUGCCAACUCUCUGCUUUCACAAAUUCUUAAAAUGAUGCUCAACCAUGAAAGGCCUGCACCAGCUUUGCUGUCUGAUCCUGGAAUGCCAUCACCCCGUGUACAAUCCAUAUUCUAUGCUGCAACCAUCCUAGUUCUUUCAUUGUUCUACUGGCUUGGGACAAAUUACCCGACGAUGAUUCUUGGGCUUGCAACUCUAUCAAAUGGCCACCUAUCUAGUAAGUAUAAUUCAUGGCUACGGGUGUCGCAGCGUCUUCAUACACUGAACCAAGUUAUUGUGGGAGCUGCUGUAGGAUCUGCCUUUGGUGCUCUAUGGUUUGUGCUCUGGCAUUCGCUCGUGCAGGAGGUCGCUUCUUCAAUGUCGGUUCAGAUUGCGGUCAUCAUCGGGUCAGCAGUAUUUUGUGUUGGCUUUGUCAUCGACAUCAUUCGUCACUGGCUCAAGGAUGAGUAA